GCACAACUCACAACUUCACGACACACACCAAAAUGAGUUUCCUCAAGAAGCCCAUGGCCGCGCCGUCGCCUACGCCAUCCAACACCUCUACGACAAAGCGCAAGCGCCCUGCUGAGCCCGUAGUGUUCUCCCAGCCACAGGAUAGCGGUACUGGCGAACACGUCUACACGCGCCUCACAUACACGAUCGACUAUCUCCGACAGAAUCAGCGAUGGCACACUUUCGACGAGCUCAUGGCCUACCUUAACGUUCCCGAAGGCGACAUCCAGCGAGAGCAACUGCGCAUGUACUUCCGUUCUGACAAUUCUACGAGUCGCAUCGCGUACAAUGCCGCCAACGACACGUACCGCUACAGACCAAAGCUCGACAUCCGCAACCCCGCUCAACUGAAGGGCUAUCUUCAGACACAAAAGUCGGCGCAGGGCCUUUCUAUCAAGGACCUCAAGGAUGGCUGGGCAACCGUGGCGGACGACAUCAAGGCCAUGGAGGAGAAGAAGGAAGUUUUGGUCAAGCACACAAAGGACGGUGUCCCCAAGACAGUAUGGGGCAAUGAUCCCUCACUCAUGCACACGAUCGACCCGGAAUUCGUCGGCAUGUGGCACAAAAUCGGUAUUCCAGCGAAUCCAGACGAUCUGCGCAAUACGCUGGCGAGUGUGGGUCUGAAGCCAGCGACACUGGCUCGAGCUCCAGUAGAUGCUGGACCAAAGCAGAAGAAGAAACGCGCCGCUCGUCGGGGUGGAAAGGUCACGAACACGCAUAUGGCAGGGUCGCUGAUGGACUUUUCUGCGAUGCGAAGAUAGGACGAUGUUUGUGUUUAGCGACGGCGUUGGUGGG